GUAACUUGAGUCGCUUUUCUCAUGUUGGUGCACGUUCCAAAGCUUUUUAUUUGUAACACUAGCGAUACAGUAAUAUAGAAACGACGAUCUUAAAUCAUUAAUUAAUUGAUUGGUUGGUUUGGUACUUUUGAUUGGGCAGUUGCAGUUAGUUUGAAGCUAAUUGGAUGAUUCAGAGUCUAGUAAUUGAGCCGAGAAUUUUCUAAUCCUCGAUUAGUUGGCGGCAAUUCCAACCGAAUGAUCGAGUUUCGCAUUGCAUUACUGUGGUUUCGGUACCGAGUUUACCUAUUUGGGGUUCCCCCCAAAGUCGUAAGAAAUAUGGUGGUUUUCCCCAAAGUUCGAGGAAAUUUCAGUGUUUUUGUGUCAUCUACCUAAAGUUUUCUAUUGCAGUUCCCCCAAAAUUUACCAAAAAACGGACAAAAUUUCCCCCAAAAUAACAAGAAAUUUGCUUAUUAGAUGGCCACUGUGAUUAAUAUCACAGAUAAACAUCAUCUUGAACAAAUUUUACAACAGGCAAAUAAUGUAACAAAUGGUCCAAGCAUUGUAGUAAUGGAUUUUUAUGCUUCAUGGUGUCGUCCUUGUUCAGAUAUAGCUCCUGUCUUUCAAGAAUUAAGCAUCAAGUAUAAAAAUAUGAAAUUUGUUAAAAUUGAUGUUGAUAAACUUGAGGACGUUGCACAACGUUACAAUGUCAGAUCAUUACCUACGUUUAUAUUUCUACGUGGAGCUGAACAAAUUGAUCGGAUUACCGGUGGAGUUCCACAAAAGUUGAGAGAUAAAGUACAAGAACUUGCUCUCUCUGGAUCAGACUCUCAUGAAAGUGGCUCAAAUAAAAGCCCACAGUCUUCUAAACAAUAUGAUAUGGAUAUAUUAUUGUCAAAAAAUCAAUGUGAAUGUUUAAAUGAAGAUGAUACACAUUCACUUGCUCAAUUAUUAAAUUCCUCUGAAAAUAAUAAUUCCAAGGCAUAUUUACUAUCAGAUACAGAUGAACAGCUUAUUAUAUACAUUACCUUCUCACAAUUUGUUCGUAUUCAAUCUGUACAAAUUAAUGGACCUAAAGAGAAUGCACCGAAAACAGUAAAACUAUUUGUUAAUCAAACAUCAACACCAGAUUUUGAUAGUUGUGAAAUUGGUGAAGCUGUACAAACAUUAGAAUUAACAGAAGAGGAUAUUAAACAUGGUGGAAUAACACAAUUGAAUUUUGUAAAAUUUCAGAAUGUUAGUACACUUACAAUUUUUGUGAAAAAUAAUCAAACCUCAACUGAUCAAACUCGAAUUGAUACAUUAAAAUUCUAUGGUUAUCCAGUGAAUACAAUCAAUAUGAAUGAAUUUAAAAGGGUCUCUGGGAAGAAAGGUGAAGCCCACGGUUAACCUAUUACCAAAAUAAAAACUAUACUUCAUUAUCAUUAUUGGAAAAACUAUCUGGGAAAAUGUAAACAAUUACACAAAUGUAUUCCUGCUCACUUCUUUUAUCUUUUUGUGUGUAUGUGUGUUUGAACAUUCUAAAUGCAUGUUUAACUUGUUAAUUUCUCUUUUUAUUCUACCACCUUGUAACUUGGAUUCUUGGUAGUUGUUUUUUUUAAAAAUAUACAGUAACCUUGAAGUGGAUUAUAAUUUUCUUUUGUUAAUUUCUUACAUGUUAGUCAAUCAGCAACAACGUAGAACUUCGUACUUACGUACAUCAGUUCAAGUUGCCACACCACAUUAGCACAG